AUGGGCACAGGGAGCAGCGCGCAUGCCACGGAGGUGGAGGCGUACGACCGCCACGCCUCCGACGCCGAGGACCCCGACGCCGUGGCCACGCCCCUCCGCCCCGCCUACGCGCCCACGCCCUCUCCGGCGCCGCCCGCCGCCCUCGCCUCGGGGCCCUUCAGCGCCCAUGUCUCGCCCUUCAACCCGGCCUUCGAGAGCGAGCUGGCGAGGGCGGCGGCGCCCCUGUGGCCGUCCCCGCCCCCGUCGGCCCCCGCGCCCUCCACGCUGCCCUUCCAGCCGCCGCCCCCGCACGCCACGCCGCCCUACGCGCACCGCCCCACCGCCCACUGCUACCCUCUGGAGCUGGGCAGCCCGGGCGUCGUGCUGUCGCGCGUGGUGCGGGUGCUGGAGGCCACGCCGCCCCCGUACCUGCUCCUGCCCGAGCACCCGCACGUGCCGCCCACGCUGCCUCUGCCGGCGCCGCCCGCGCCUCCCAACACCGCCCACGGAAGGAGGUUCAACUCCAGCUUCCCCGCCAGCUACCCGGGCUACGGGAAGGGGCGCGACGCGGCGCCCACGCUCGGCCCAAGCUCCGGUCUGGGCGUCGUCAGCAGGAUGGGCGGCCGGCCGCCCACGUCGCCGUGA